AUGCCCGAAUAUUUUUAUUUCAUUUCAGCGAGCGGUUACUACGGCGAGCCCUGCACCACGUACGGCUGUUCACUCGCACCCCCGAUACACUCUCAGCCGUUUAGACCGGCGCCACCCGGUCAAACGCCGAAAUGUGCAAGAGCCGGAUCGACGUUUUGCGAAUCUCUCGACGAAUAUCCGCAAAAACAAAUCAAGUUCCUGAUUGAGAACCGCAACAUCGAGAAAUUUCUCCGGGACGAAUCCAUGGAGAAUUUCAAUUCUCUAAGACAAAUACCCGAUUACGACGACUACGGUUACGAUUACCCCAAGCCGAAAGUCCCCUCGGAGCUGUACCCGCAACCUGUACCGUUCAUCCCCCAUGCGCAGUCGGCCACUUUUGUUUACAACGUGCCAUUAAAUGUCACUACCAACAGACACGUAUCGUCGACGAAUCCGUUCUUCUCGCAAAGUGCAUCGAUAAGCACGAGCUAUCACAGCUUCAGUUACCAGCAUCAGGGCAGCCAGCGGUUGCGGCCUCAGUACCACCAGGCCCCCGUAUUUUUCAAUCCCAACCAGCCGAACCCUUGGCCGCAAAGGAAUCCUGCGGAAGUUGCGGGCCACACGCGCAACCAGAAUAAUCCACUAUUGGAGUUUGGCGCGAACCCCAGGAACCGAGCCAAGAGACAGUCGGACGUCAACGGCGUCUCAAUUUGUCCGACGAAGACGGUGUCGGUUUUGCCAAAGGCCGCGGUCAACAACCAGGGAAAUUGGAUGUACAUCGUCAACUUCGAGGACCAGAAAAAGUAUUCGCAACUCGUUAGGAGUGAAAUUUGCAUGAGUGACACCUGCGAUGGACUGUGCUCACUGCCGCUCGGUUAUUCGAGCAAGUGCAAGCAACAGUACGUACAGAAGAGGUUGAUUGCCCUGGGAGGCAGCGGCGAGGACCUGUACAACGACGUUUUCUGGUUCCCGAGCGGGUGCACCUGCCAGGUGUCGCUGGAUUACUAA